UGACUUUUGCCACGUGAAGGUCACCCCAGCAAAAUUCGUCCGUCGGUUGGAGCUCACUUUUUUUGUGGAGUGAAUCGAAUCUUUGGAAAGAUGAUGCUCAAGUUCAGCGGAGUAUUCUGCGGAUAGCUCGCAUAGCUGGUUGUUUUGCUAUCCUAAUUAUAUCAUACAUAUCCGUAAUCACUGUCGCCAUGUUGUUGACCAUCCACACCAAGAGACUACUUUCGUUAGCUUUCUUUCUCGUGUUUUCAGUAGUCGUGGCGACGGCGGAUAUUUUGGACGCGAGCAAUGUGGUUUGCCCCGUAAGUGGACUUACCGUUGCUCGACAGUCGGUGAAUGGCAAGGACUAUGUUCGUCGUUACACGGAAAUCUCUGGCCUUGCCUUAUCGACCACUCAAAGGGCUCCUGGUACCAACAACACUAUCAUGUACGUGAUCAACGAUGGCCGCGACGACAGCGGGGGUCGAAUUGGGGUUUACGACUCGGGAACGGGGGAACGACUCAUCACACUCAUUAUACCCAACACGACACUCCCGUCGAGUUAUGACUGGGAAGCCAUGGCCAUUGGCUCUUGCGGACACACCAGAGAUAUUUCGCGUAUGUGCUUGUACGUGGCCGACACGGGAGACAACGUGGCUCGACAUUCCAGAGGCCGUCGAAGUGAUCGCACGGAAAACGAUCCGUAUCGAAUCAUCAAACUCAAAGAACCACACAUUCAUACCUUACCACUCGACAAGGACAAUGUCACUAUUCCAAUCCUCUCGAUUCUCCCCUUUGAUUAUCGACACGCCUCAUCUCCCACCAACUUUGCCGAUUGCGAAGCAAUAUUUGUGGAUCCAACUGGUUGGGGAGCAGGUGGAGCUAUUGGCGACCUGUACGUGGUCACCAAAUGGAGUUCUGACUACCAAAACAGAACCAGGCUCUUCCAUAUUCCUGCUGUGGCUUGGGUGGGAGAACGACAGGACGAGGACAAAGUCAUGCCGUUGUACUCUCCCAUAGUAAUAGGAUCCUACAAUCCACCCAAAACAGGAGGACCUCUCGGGACCAUAUUGAAGCAUACUUGGACUGGAGCGGAUAUCACGCGCGAUGGAACUGUCAUUGCACUCAGCGACUACUACGGCACCUCCCUCUUUUUGCGAUGUCCCGGUGCUAGGGUGGCAGAAGCUUUGACUGGAACUACUCAGAGCUGCCAUCGAUUCUAUCAUCCUUCGUCCGGACAAGUCGAAACAUCCGCUUUUAAUGCGGAUGGGACAAAGUUACUACAGAUCCCGGAAGGAUCCAGACCAGUCAUGGGAUGGACGACCCUGCUUUAUCAAAACCAUGAUAUAUUCCUCCAGGCCGUAUCUAGAUCUGGGACGCUCCACGUUUGUCCCAAACUCGAAUGGGUCAACUGGGGAGAAGAUGAAAUGUACUGCCGGUCCAAGUCGGAUCUCUCGAUCAAACCAGAUGAAUGGUGCUAUUAUUCUCCCUACGAGUUGGAUGUGGUCUACGAAGAAGUGAAUCCUCAACCAGAAAAACCUGCAGAGGGCAGCAACAACGCUACUUCCGCUGGCGGAGGCUUUAGCAGCGGCAAUUCUGCUUCCGAUACUACCAGCACUGGUGGUGGUAUCAGCUCUGAUAGUUCCGACACUGCGGGUGGUGCGUCGUCUAGCAGUGGUGCCUCUACCGGUACCAGCAGUGGUGCCUCUACUAGCAGUGGUGACAUUGACUCUGGUGGUUCCUCAAGCGUCAGUUUCACUGCAGGUAAUAGCAGCAUUGGAGUGGAACAAUCAACUGGUAUUCCUGUAGAAGACUUCUUGGAUAGUGCUGAUACAGGAGCAGAUGAAUCCAACUCCAAGACGUGGUCUUCGGGGCAGUCAAGUUUGCUGAUUGCUUCGCUUGUUUCAUUGAUUUGCACUUGGGCAGCCACUUCAGCGUGAUCUGGCUGGGACGUUACUUGGUAACGCGAUAAGCAGACACGACAGUCUGGUACGGUAACCAGCAUUGGGUGCUCUGGUCAAAUGAAAAAGGAGGCCGGGUCUUCAUUCUGUGGAAAGUACCAGUACCUGUGAUCUAUCAGAUCACCAGUGGAGUACAAGACAUUUGCAAAUGCCGAGAACUUUGCAAAUGCUGAGAACUUUUGCCAGGGUGGACUUUGGAGGGCAUUUGGCAAGAUCUUGGCUUCAGCUGACACAGCCAGGUGAAACGGAGAAUGUGGGGGAGGACGACCCCACGAGGUCGUGGACCGCCCAUACGUAUGAUAGUCAAUACCGCACGCCAGAGGACUCAUCUAGUUUUCCCGACAUUGGGCAAUUUUAAAAGAUUUGCUUUGCAUUACAAUGCUUCCUUGCCUUGGUUUGUACAGUGUACAGUGUAGCGU